CAACUUUUUUUUAACCGGAAAAACAAAAUAAAACUAAUAGUAAAAGAAAAUUACUGUAUAAUGCCACCAGACCGGAUCCGGUUCCUCUCUUACAAGCUUUACCCGUAUGCCAAUGUAGAAAACAAUAGGCGACCUAACCUAACCCACCUAUAUCCGUUAACCCAACCGGACCUAGUAGAUCCACGGUCCGCAGCCAGCAUUCAUCAGUCCAUGCGAUCCUCACCGUCGAUCUCUAAAGUAAAACCCAGCAAAUUUUCCCCAAAUCCUAUCUUCCUUCGGAUCCUCUUAUUAUCCAUUUCGCUCCCCCAAACCCUAGUCCUCCUGGCUUCGGAAUUCGGAUCCUCUCAUCGGAUCCAUCCCUGCUAAUCUUUUUCCGAUUUCAAGCACCACCGCCACCACGCAUCCAGAUUCUGGUAUAUCCAUGUAAGAUCCAACCCGAGUCAGGCCUUUCUUUCUGUUGAAGUGUAGCUCAGUUUUUUUUUUUUUUUUUUAAUUUUUAAAGUUUAGUUUGAAUUCCAUUUUUUUUUCUGUUAAAUUAGUACAAUUAACAUUUGACGUAUUCUCUUAGCUAUAAAAAGGAUGACUGGAAAACACUUGUUUUAGCUUACUUGUAUAGAAAGAAUUUCAGUUUUAGAUUUUCAUUGUUCGUCGCAGAGCCAGCAAAUCAAUAUUGGGGGUGCGAAAUUUAGACAAAAUUACUAAUGACAUUUGCGAAUCAACGUAGGGGAUGCGAAAAAUGAUUCUAUACAUAAUUUCUAUUGAAAAUUUUGGAUAUUCCUACUAAUUACAAAAAAUUGAGCAGGCGCGCCCCUCCGUCCCCUCCUAGCUCCGCCUUCUGGGUUUAGCUUAGUUUCUGGUUUACUUUCAGGGAUGAAAUCAUAGCUCUGUUAGUCUUAAGCUGUGCAGAAAUUAGUUAGUUUUGUGUGCCUUUUUUGUAAUCUGUGAUCAGAGUGAAUAAGAAGUCAUUUGGGUUUAGGAAUGCAUUUGUGAAAUUAAUUUUUGUAGUGAUUGUUGCUUUAUUUUUUGAAUGUGGUGAAAAUGCAGAUAUAGCCCUGUUUGUUCAUUGCUAUGGAAAUGCAAGUUGAGGGCACUGCUAAGAAAUCCAAGAGGUUGACUUCCGUGGUCUGGAACCAUUUCGAAAGAGUUAGAAAAGGCGAGACGUGCUUUGCUGUUUGCGUACAUUGUAAGAAGAAGCUUAGUGGAUCAAGUAAUAGCGGAACCACUCAUCUCAGGAAUCAUUUGUUGAGGUGUCUUAAAAGGUCCAACUAUGAUGUUUCUUCGAUUUUAUCUGCUAAGAGGAAGAGAAAAGACAAUACUGUAAGCCUUGCGAGUCUCACUUAUGAUGAAGUGGCGAGAAAGGAUGAGGUGAUGGCUCCCAUCACUUAUCGAAUUGAUCAGGAGCCUAUUAAGGAGGAUACUUCUCAAUCCAUCACCCUUGGAAGUGUUAAAUUUGAUCAAGAACGUAGUAGGCUGGAUCUGGCCCGGAUGAUUAUGUUGCAUGGUUACCCGCUUGCUAUGGUCGAUCAUGCCGGAUUCAAAAGAUUCGCAAAGAAUUUGCAGCCACUCUUUGAGUUUUCUAGUAAUGAUGAUACUGAACUUGAUUGCAUGUCAAUUUUUGGGAAGGAGAAGCAGAAGAUGUUUGAAUUGCUACAUAAACUGCAUUGCAGGGUCAAUGUUGCUGUUGAUAUGUGGGUCUCGUCAGAGAAUGAGAGGUAUAUGAGUCUGACAGCUUACUUUGUUGAUGAAGACUGGAAGCUACAGCAAAAGAUGCUCAACUUCAUUACGCUUGAUCCUACUCAGACGGAUGACAUCCUUUCUGAAGUUGUAAUAAAGUGUUUGACGGAUUGGUCAAUUGACCGCAAAAUAUUCUCCAUGACAUUUGAUGACUGUUCCUUGUACGAGGACAUGGUCCUUAAAAUUAAGGAGUGGUUAUCACAAAAUAAACCUCUUCUGAGAAAUGGCGAAUUGUUUGACAUACGCUGUGCAUCGCAGGUCCUAAAAUCUAUUGUGCAGGAUGCCAUGGAAGCAGUUCGGGACGUGACAGAUAGAAUCAGAGAAAGCAUAAGGCAUGUUAGGAGUUCUCAGGCGACACUAAGUAAAUUUAACGGGUUAGCUCAGGAACUUGGAAUCAAUAGUCAGAGGCUUCUAGUUGUUGAUUGCGAAUCGCAAUGGAAUUCAACGUGCUUGAUGUUAGAAGCAGCAGUGGAUUAUAGGAAUGCCUUUUCUCUCCUACAGGAGAAUGAUCCAUCCUACACUGUGGUUAUAACUGACUCUGAAUGGGAAUGGGCAAAUGCUGUUUCUAGUUACAUGAAACUUGUGAGUGAGAUCAUCAAUGUUUUCGUAGCUACCAAAAACCCAACAGCUAAUAUUUAUUUCCCAGAGCUGUGUGAUGUCCACAUCCAAUUAUUUGAAUGGAGCAAGAGUCCUGAUGAAUUUCUAAGUUCUAUUGCCAUGAAGAUGAAAACCAAGUUUGACAAAUUUUGGAAGAAGUGCAGUUUGGCUAUGGCAAUAGCUGCUGUUUUAGAUCCCAGAUAUAAGAUGCGGUUAGUUGAAUACUAUUAUCCUCAGAUAUAUGGUACCGAUGCUAUGCUGUAUAUCAAGGAGGUAUCUGAUGGUAUUAGAGGCCUUUUUAAUGAGUAUUCGGUGGGGUCAUCGUCUCUAGAUCAGGAGUCAUCCGCAGCUAAUGGAAGCUUGUCGAAUGCUAGGAAUGGCACCCGGGACAGACUCAGAGGAUUUGAUAAAUUUCUUCAUGAAACUUCAACUAGUCAGAGCAUGAAUUCUGACCUCGACAAAUAUUUAGAUGAACCAGUCUUUCCUCGUAAUAACGACUUCAAUAUAUUAGAUUGGUGGAAGGUGCAGACACCAAGGUACCCAAUCCUGUCCAUGAUGGCUCGUGAUGUACUGGGGAUUCCUGUUGCAACACUUGAUGAAGACCUGGUGUUCAGCAACAGAGGUAGAGUUCUUGACCGUCACCGGAGUUCGCUCAAUCCUGACACCCGAGAAGCUUUAAUUUGUGGACAAGACUGGCUGCGUGUGGAAUCAGAAGAGAACCAUGCUCUAUCACUUUACAUCGACGCAAAGUAACCUUUUCAAACGGGGUGGCAAUAUCUCGUAGUUAUUCAUGCUUAGGCUGGACUAGAGUUCGUGAAAUGAUGAUGACCCUUUGAUUUUGGAGGAGAGACUUGAGCUUCCCUUGAUGAAUAAUGCUUUGAUGAAAGAAUUCAUAAAAUAUUUAUGUAGAUCAAGCCCUGAUGUCCUAUUCUCCUAUUUGAAUUAAGUAUAGUGGUAGGUAGUUUUAUGUUUUAUGUUGUGGAUCAAACCUUGAUGCCCUACUAGCAAGCACCAACUUGUGGAAUGAAAUAGACAGUAUUUAGAUGUAUUCCUUCUCUCUUAAUUUGGGCUUUUCAUGGUUACUCUGAGAACUAUGGGUCUCGAACCCAAAGCUGUAUGAUAGUAUUUGAUAUGUCUAUCUCUGAGAUUGAGAGCUCAAAUCUGAUGAGUUUUAGAAGUGUACUAGGGAUAUGGAAAAGGGUCUAUGCUCAAGCAUAAGUAGUGAAGUUUGAACUCUCCUGAUCACUAGGAUAGUUGUAUACCACUUGAUUGCCAUACUCCUCUCUAAUAAUGGCAAUACUUUCUUUCGUUGUCGCAGAUACGAGGGAAAGAAAGUACUUAGAGUAUAAUGUACGGUGAAAAUAUCGUAUAAAUGUGUGAUUAUUCUGGUGUCAGAAGGAGACAAAGAGGAUACAAAAGCUAGUGUCCCUAUUCUCUUCCUCCAUUGUUAAAAGAGGAAGCAGAAUUUUCUUUUUUCAUCCUGUACAAAAUUUGAGAGAUUUUGGGAA